GCAAUUCCAUUCAUACAGCAAGUCAUCCAGAAGCUUAACACUGCCGCCUGCUGGACAAAUACGGGUUAUAACACCAACAUAUCGAUCACAAACCAUUUAAAAGCUUAACGCAACAAACGUUAAGGGAGAAAGAUACUUGCAGACGGAUAAAUGCAAACCAAUCAUCCCGACGCUUUGUCUGGAAUUUGUUCAAAGACGAAAUGUCAAUAAAUUCAAAUAUAAGUUACAGAGUUAUCAUGUUAAUCAUUUACGAGUAAGAUGCUGCAGACACUGGACACCUAUCAUUACGCUUCUCAAAAACAAGAAGCAACGGUGUAAAGAAAUCGAGUUAACCUUUAUUAAAGAAUGUCGUGCUACAUAAAACAGUGCAGGAUGAUUUGAGGCAGUUAAAAAAAAAUCUUGUUCAACUGACUGUUCAAGAAAAUGGAGAGAUUUUGGACAUUCAAGCUCUGGAUGCAGCCAUUAGCAGGACAGAACAUGGCAUACGGACAUGCAGAAGAGCAUCUGAAAACCAUUAAUAGUCAGGUUCUGACUCUACCGUGUAUCCAAGAGCCUGAAAAGAAGACUGCUACUACCAAACCUGUUACAUGGCAGCCACCAUAUGACACAAUACCACAUCCUCAUAAAAUCCAGAUUACUGGUGCUUCACCAGGGGAAAAGCACAAGUCAGCGUUUACCAUGCGUCUGCUGAAUAACCCAUAUCACCCAAAGAACAAAGCGAUUGUGCAGCAGCGUUACGGGAUCGAGCUUCCUCUCUUGCACAAAAGAUCUGGUGCCACCAUAGGAGCACAAAGAGUGAUCACUGGAUCCACUGUUGGAAAUUUAGCCGCAGUACAAGGAGGCCCGUCUAAACAUCUCUACCACAAACCCCCAGCCUCUGAAGAGGACAGAAAUGCAGGCGAUGCAGUGCUGCCCUCAGCAGCUGACCUCUCAUCAGUUCAAACCCCAGCACAGCGCAAAGCUGUCCAUUUGCUCAAGAGAGAGGACAGUGGCCAAACUAAGAUGGAUGAGCGAGAAAAGGCAUGUAAAUGGCAGAUAGAUGUGAACAGAGAGGAUGGAAUGGCCCUUGGAAGGUCAGCGGAGGGUCCAACAUCCAGCACCAUGCGGACUCCACCUCCAUCAGCUGCCUCCAUAAGCUCUGAAAACAGAGUCCUGGUAAACGGGUUAGCCCGACUCAUCCCGCUCAACCCACAGAAUAGUCCAAUGCCUGUCAGCAAAUACCCUUUUACCAUAGUUGAGGGUCUAAUAAAUCCCAGUGCUCCAGACUACUGUAGGUUUAAAAAACAGUACUGUUUGUGCUGGGGUGCAAUUGUGGAGACUUUGGAUCAACUGCAACGGAUGCUGUUUAACUUUGCUGUGCCAUUGGCAUGGGUUUGCGGGGAACGUCUGGCAUCUUGCGUGCAGGGCGGUGAUCUUGCCCGCAACUCCAGUGUGGAGAAACUCCUGUCAGUGCUGGAGAACAGGGAUGAGGUAUGGAACCUGAUGUGUCAGCCCGGCCAGCGUUACAAAGGCAAAGGGGGCCAUCGGGCAGCGGCUGUGCGCAUCCAAACCUGCUGGAGGCGUUACUCUGCCCGGGCCGCCUACCUGCUCAAACUUCUUCCCAAAUGGGCGGCACAAACUAUUGCCAUGUCCCUGCUGAAGCAUGCCAAACACAAGCGUUUGAGGAAGAGCCUGGAGGCCUCGCGUCUCAGCCACCUGGAGAAUUAUCACAUCAGGGCAAAGUAUUUGGCAGCCAACUGGAAACACAUCACCUGCUCCAAAAGGACCAUCAUCCAUGUCCCAUCAUUGGGAUAUUCCCAGGACCAGCGUCUCAGUCUGAAGGGAUUUGAUAUACUGCAGAAUACCCAGAUGGGCAGACUGUGUGACAUCAGAGAUGAGAAGGUUGAGGUGAUCUAUGUGUCUCCUGUGGCCCUGGGUGAGGAUGUACACCAGUACUACACUCAUCUGAUGGGCCUGCAGGCAGCGAUUGAGCUGGGUGAUGCGUCUGCCCCUCAGGCCAACUGUGCCAAACGCUUUACCAUCUUCAUGCCAGAAGCACUGGACUAUUUCUCGACCAAAAACAUGUGUUUGGCAUCUGUCCUGAAGUACAGUCCACGAGCACUAAAGCGCAUCAAGAAUUUGAUCCAGGGAAAGCAGGCCUACAUGAUCGGUGGUGUCACUCAUAUUGAUGAGCUGGCUGUGGCGGAUGAGCUGGGAGUUCCUCUUUUGGGCACCGAGCCUGCAGUGGUUCAAGUAUAUGGGAGUAAAUCUGGAGGAAGACGCAUCUUUAGCAGUGCAGGAGUUAACAUGCCUCCGGGAAAGUGGGACAUAUACACCCUAGAGCAGCUCUAUGAAGGUCUGGCCCAGUUGAUGACUGAACACAUGGAAGUGCAGCGAUGGCUCUUCAAGAUAGACAGUGAAAUGGAUGGACGAGGAACAGCUUAUUGUGACGUCUGCCACCUAAAAUGCCACCCUUGGGCACAAAAACAAUACAAACAGCAUGGACCAGAAAAGUGGAGAAUAUUGAUGGCUGAAGUCAGGGAGCCGGUGAUGAUGAAGUUCUUGCAGGAGGUUCCUCAUCUUCUGGCCUCCCAUGCAUGCCCUGUCAACAAGUCCUGCUAUCCCACCUGGGCCUGUUUCUUGGAACACUUCCUCAAAGAAGGAGGAGUAAUAGAAGCCUAUCCUCCAUCAGCCAGUGUGACGUGUCUUACUGUGGAUAUGUUGGUCGAGCCAGGGGGAGAUGUACGUUUGACGUCUUGUGGAGAUCAACUGCGUGGCCCCAGCGUGUUGGAAGUGGUGGGCUGCACCAUGCCCCAGACCUCCAUCAGUUCUGAUGUCCUGCACUCCAUCUGCAUUCGUGUGGCCCGGGCAUGCCAGCAGCGGUCCAUCUUGGGUCACCUUUCGCUGGAUCUAGUCACCUUCCUGGAGCCCACCAACCUUGAGCAGCAGGUAUGGGCUGUCGAUCUAGACCUGGGCUACAGUAACCAGUUGGCCAUGACACAGCUGAUGCUCAUGAUGACAGGAGGAACAAUGGACUGCCGCACCAGUAAACUGGAAGUCCCGGUCAGAGAUAUGAAGACAUCUGUGCGCCAGGCCAGAGUAAAGAACAAAGCUCGCUGCCUUUGGUCUCCAAAGCAAACCUCAGUGACCAGUCGCUUUGCGGUGAUGGCCACACGACUCACGCACACCAAUCUUUCUUUGGUGUAUUAUAGCACAUUUUUUCUGAUGUGCAAAGCGCAGGGCAUAGGCUACGAUGUCAAGGAAAGAAAAGGCACCGUGUUCGUCCUCCAUGACAGCAAAGAUAGAAGGAGUCUUGGCAUGCUAACAAUCUCGGAGCAUCUCCCGGGAGCGCUGCUGACCUUUGCUCGGAACCUGUCAGUCAUUCAUCAGGAAAUAUCAGCCCCAAAUAUGCAAGGAACAAAUAAUUUCAAGGACAUAACCAAGGACAUCGAGGAGGUCAUAGGCAUGACCAAACAAAACCAAACCGAAUCUCAAGAAGAGGAGGAGCAGCUGGACCAGACCAGAUAUCAUCUCACAUACUUCACAAAUCAGCCUUAAAUUAAUUAACACACUUGUAACACAAGUUUGUUGUAACGUCCCAGUUGUCCCAAAAUAUUUCUAUAGACUACUUCGGAAAAUGUACAGAAUACUGGUCCAGAAGAACUUCCUGUUUCAGUUUUUAACACUGCAUUAAACAUUUAAACAAAACCAAAAACAGCUAAACAUUUAUAACAGAAUCAAAAUGUUAAACAAAUAUCUUUGAAGUGUAUAUACACAUUUACAUGUGAGAUUUAAAAAAUUAAAUAAAAUGAAACCGUAAAUGCU